ACUAUACAGCACUUGAGCUUCAUCGUCAGCAACGCCAUAUCUCUUCAUUUCUUGAUUCUCUGAUCUCCGUCUGGCAAAGACGCAUAAGCGAUGGCUGCGGAACAGAGAAAGCUGCUCGAGCAGCUCAUGGGCGACCAGCUCAUGGGCGGCGGCUUCUCCUCACGCAACUCGCAGCUCUCCCUGACAGACUCCAAAGUCUGCCGCUCCUUCAUUGUAGGCACAUGCCCGCACGACCUCUUCACGAACACGAAGCAAGAUUUGGGACCAUGUCCCAAGGUCCACAGCGAAGCGCUCAAGACCGAAUUUGAGAACGCGUCCGACAAAACUAAAUACGGCUUCGAGUACGAUUACAUGCGCGAUCUGCAAAAGUAUAUCGACGAUUGUAAUCGGCGCAUUGACGCAGCACAGCGGCGAUUGGAAAAGACGCCUGAUGAGAUUCGUCAGACAAACGCAUUGCUCAAACAAAUCUCCGAUCUCUCCCGCACCAUCAACAAUGGUCUGCUCGAGGUAUCAAUUCUCGGUGAAGAAGGCAGUGUAGGACAAGCGAUGAUGGAAUUUUUUAAAGUGAAACAAGCCAAGCAGCAGCGCGAGGAGCGCGAGCGCGAGCUGAAAGCCCUGUCGGAUACUUCCGGCCCAUCGGGACACCAGAAACUCCAAGUAUGCGACGUAUGCGGGGCGUACUUGAGUCGACUGGAUAACGAUAGGCGACUGGCCGACCACUUUUUUGGAAAGAUGCAUUUGGGAUAUGCGCAGAUGCGGAAAACAUGGGAGACGCUGCAAAAGGAACUCAAGGGACGGCCGCCACCGGUGCGACAUGAUUCUAUUGGAGAUCGCAGUCCUGCCGGGCCAAGAGGCGAUGAUGAAGGAAGCUGGGGAGGCAAAGGAUAUGGUAGAGGGCCGAGAAGUGGAGGCGGUUAUGGGCGCAGAAGAGGGGGCAGAUGGUGAGCUGAGACGAGGUGCCUUCGACAGGAUCACUUAUCGUCGCCGAGCUUCGUUAUUAUUGGUAAAAAGGGCGUUGGCUGGUGUUAGGCGUGUGCAUGUAUUUUCCAAGGGUCCUGGGUGUUGACAUGAUUUUACUACAUCUUUUUGUAUGAAUCUAGCUUGUACCAGUCAUGCGAGCAAAACAAAGAGGUAGCACUCGAAGUUUAAGUUAAUAAAGGGCGUAAUGGCCGUCUUGCAU